AUGGCAUUGAAUUGGGCUAUGAUUGCUUCCGAUGGGAAAAGUCCGGUACCUCUUCCUGGGGAGAAGAUUAUUUUAGAACAAGAUAAAGUUUCUCUUGUUUUUGAUAUGGGCGGUGGUUAUCCUGGUAAUGCAGGAACUUAUAAAGCCGACGGAGGCAUAUACUUAACAAACCAACGCGUAAUAUUUAUUUCGCGACCAUCUUUGCAACACUUUAAAUCUCUGAGUGUGCCUCUUUUGAAUAUGAAAGAAGGAAAGCUUCAACAACCUUGGUUCGGGGCAAAUUAUUAUCAAGCCAUUGUAACUCCAGUUCCUAAUGGUGGUCUCCCAGCUCCAGGACAAUUAAAAGUUACCUUCAAAGAAGGAGGUGGAUUUGAAUUCAGCUCAAAUUAUAACAGUUUAAUGUUGAGAUUGUUUGAGAAUGAAGGGUCUUUAGUGGAACAUACUGAACCAUUGCCAACUUAUACACCACGUCAAGUAAAUUCUUCAUCAACUGCACACUCGUCAUCAGGUGCAGUAUCUUCCAAUGUUUUAUCACCAGAUGUUCCUCUCAUUAACAUUGAGCAAGCUGCUGGUGACAUGACUUCUCGUAAUACUUCUACUAUUGAAGUUAGAACACCACCAGUAGCUCCAGAUGAAUUGCCACCUGCUUACGAUGAAGUCAUAACGAGAUAA